GAUGGCUACCUGUUAUCUUCUCUCGUCAUACAGAGAGAGAGAGAGAGAGAGAGAGAACCGAAGAUAGAUUGAUACUUGUAGACCUUCUCAGCAUUCUCAGCAAGGAGAAGUGAGGUUGAUAAGAUGAACGUAGAAGAAGAGAUAGAGCGACUCAAAGAAGAAAUUAAGCGACUCGGUCAGCUUCAAUCCGAUGGAUCUUACAAGGUCACUUUUGGUGUGUUGUUCAACGAUGAUAAAUGUGCAAACAUAUUUGAAGCACUUGUUGGAACUCUUAGAGCAGCAAAGAAACGUAAAAUUGUAGCAUAUGAUGGUGAACUACUGCUGCAAGGAGUUCAUGACAACGUCGAGAUAACCCUCAAAUCCUCACAACCGACAGUGAGUACUGCUCCAGUUGCAUAAAACUGAAAUUUUGUGCCAUUACAUCUUGGUAGCCUUGUGGGGGGUGAAAACCAGUUACUGUAUUAUUUUGUGUGAAUUGAAGACGAUUUCACUUGUUUCAAUUUGAUGAUUGUUAAAACCAUUGUAACACCUUGAUGUUAUAAUUGUAGUAUUCAUUUCCCCUCUGCAAUCUUUGGUGAUGUAAGUGUGCUUAAUUAUAUGAUGAUAUUUUAAGGUUUAUUUACAUUGUACCGUAUCCUCUCUGGAAUACUAUUAAGCGAGUAAUUGCAAAAUCA